AUGGAUUUCCUCAGUGACAGGCCCUGGGCACAGUUUUCACUCCUCUUUGGCCCUCUGCUCUUUCUCAUCUACCACUUCUUUAUCCAUCCUGCUCUUAUCUCUCCCCUGUCUCGAAUCCCAAAUGCCCACUGGUCCGCCCCUGUAACGCCCCUCUGGAUUCUGUACAAGCGUUUCAAGCGGCAAGAAAAUGGCACACUGGAGGAAGCACACAAGAGGCUUGGCCCAUUUGUUCGGGUUGCGCCCAACGAAGUGAGCGUGGAUGAUCUUGAUGGUGUAAGGACGAUUUACCAGGGAGGUUUCGAGAAGACACAAUGGUACUCAGUCUUUGAUAACUACGGGGUGCCUUGCAUGUUCUCCUCACGGACCUCGAAGGAUCAUUCUCUAAGGAAGCGCAUGAUAUCCAAUGUCUACUCGAAGUCAUACAUCCAGGCAUCGCCUGCCGCGGCGGCGCAAGCUGAGAUCAUCAUCCACGACAGGCUGCUGCCGACGCUAGAGAAGUCACUGGCAGACCAGGGCGUCGAUGUCUACUCGCUCUUCCUCGCAGUGGUCAUGGAUUUCAUCUCGGCCUACAUCUGGGGCAUCUCUCGGAGCACAAACUUUGUGCAAAACAAAGGCUAUCGUGAGCACUGGCUGGAGCUGUACAAGUCGCGCAACGACUACGGCUUCUUCCCUCAAGAGCUGCCACGGCUGACAGCCUUCUGCAAGCGAUUUGGGGUCAGUCUGUACCCCGGCUGGGUGGACGCGGCCAACAAGGAGCUGGCAGCGUGGAACACCCUUCUUUGCGAACAGACCUCAGACCACCUAACGGCUGCUUCCAGAGCCUCGAAGGAUGAGGCCUCUGCCGACGAUGCAGUGGUGAUGAGGGCACUCAUCAACGGCAUCGAUAAGGAGGAGGCGGCAAAUGGCGAGAAGUCGCUCCUGUACCACACCAGCAUCCUUCAGCGUGACCUCUCCAUCCAAUCUGAGCUCUGGGAUCACGUUCUUGCCGGACAGGAGACAGCUGGGCUUACCUUGACCUACCUGACCUGGCGGAUGUGUCAGCGCCCGGAGCUGCAGGCCCAGCUGCGCGAGGAGUUACUGACAGUCCAGCCCACUGCGCGUGUCGAACAGGGCCGGGAUCGCUCACUCCCUGACCCCAAGAAAUUAGACAGCCUGCCGCUUCUUCAUGCCAUCGUCAUGGAGACAAUGCGACUCCAUGCGCCGAUUCCUGGACCACAACCGCGAGAGGUGCCUUAUCCAUCGGCCAAGCUUGGGCCAUACACGAUUCCAGGCGGCGUUAGGAUCGCCGCGGCGGCACACACUCUGCACCGCGACGAGGGUGUAUUUGCUCGACCUGAGGAGUGGGAUCCAACGCGCUGGCUCAACGAGACAGACCAAGACAGUAGAAGGGCGAUGAAUAGGCAGUUCUGGGCGUUCUCCUCUGGGGGCAGAAUGUGUAUCGGGUCUAACUUUGCUGUACACGAGAUGAAACUGAUCACUGCGAUGGUGUACCUAAACUACACUACAUUUAUUGUGGACGAUGCGGGCAUCGAACAGGGUGAUGGGUACACAGGCAGGCCGGCAAGUGAGCAGCUGUGGCUACGCUUUGAGAGAGUCUCCUCCCCGCCUGCCUGUCCGCUCUGAGAUGCUGUCAAUCAGGACGAUGAGGUCAUGAUGAUCACCCCCCCGCCCCUUUCUCGCUCUCUCCCCCCUCGACGCUCUCAGUGUUUUGGGGUGGAUCUGUCACAUGUGACCAGGUGGAUGAUGGGAGUGGGCACGGUGGCUCCCCUCAGCGGUCAGAUAGGGCUACAGUGUUUACUACAUACUAUGUACUACGCACACGUCGUAUGUACUAUAGUACCGUGAUGAAGGAAGCUGGAGUGGGCCGAUUGAUUUAAAGUGCUUGCAUACGGGUGCCACAUAGUACUACAGGUACGAUAUGCACCAUAGUGGUACUAUGUAGUCAGAAGAGGAGAUCUUCUAUGUGGCAGUUCACGUCACAUGUCAUCUUUGCAGCACGCAU